AUGAGUGCAUUCCCUAACCAUUACCAUGCUAGACUAGUCGCGGAGAAAGACUCCAAAGCAUGUACGCUAUGUUUUAAGCCAACAACCACGGUUUUAAUAUCCCAGAACAAGGUCGAUUUCUUUUAUGUUUGCCCUCUGCAUUUGAAAGACGAACAUUUUAGCACUGCAAUACGGCCGGACGAGUAUAAAGGGCUUGAGACCAAGAGAGAAGAACUAGACAAGAAAAUCGAAGACAGUCGCAAACGAGUCGAGAGGCUCAGGCCGUAUGCAUGGAACUUUUUAAGCAGUAUGCUGGGCUCCAAGAAGGGCGAAGGGACAGAAGUGGAUAAGGACAAGGGUACGGAAAAGGACAAGGACAAGGAAAAAGAGACGUACGAGACUGCAAAGCAAGACUUGAGGCGAUUAGAAGGAGAAUUAAACGAAAUUAAUAGUGGCAUUAGUAACUAUAAAUUUAAGGAUUACACAUUAAACAAAGAUAUUUAUCGUAUGCGGACUCAGAACUACGCUCAGUCAAAGAUCCGGGCCAAAAAACAGCAGGAAAUGCAUAAGCCAGGGUUUUUUCCGUCAGCACCGCAACACGGGGUGGAUAAGGUGGACAAGUAG